AUGCUUGGGCUGUUCAAGAAUAUAGUCAAGAAGAGCCGGCCGACAGGCCCCGAAGCCGGGCCCGCAGACCCAAACAACACGGACUCGGGCCCUCCUCCCGCGAUCCCUACCGAAUUUGCCCAAUUCUACUCAGAACUGUCGCCCAGAUACACAUUGCUGGAGAAAAUCGGCGAGGGAGCGUUUUCUGUGGUGGUGAAGGCGGUCGACACCGAGACACAGGACUUUGUAGCCAUCAAGAUCAUCGACAAAACAAACAUGAAACCCGAACAGAUCAACUCUGUGCUUAAAGAAAUCAGCAUCAUGUCUAAGCUGGACCACAAGAACAUCACCAAGCUGUACAGCUACCAAAACUCCUACAGCUCCAGAUACUGCUUUCUAUUCCUUGAAUAUGUGAGCGGCGGCGAGAUUUUCAACCAGAUUAUCAAGUACACGUAUUUCAGCGAGGACUUGUCGCGCCACGUGAUCAGACAGGUCGCCAGCGCUGUCAAGUACCUGCACUCGCAGGGCAUUGUGCAUCGCGACAUCAAGCCCGAAAACUUGCUGUUUGUUCCGACAGAGGUGUUUCCUCGCUCCAAACAGGAGCAGAACAAGGCCAGACGGCGUUCGGACGAUAACAACAAGCUGGACGAGGGCAAAUUCAUCCCGGAGUACGGCUCUGCGGGCAUCGGAGUCGUCAAACUCGCGGACUUUGGGCUUUCCACCGUCCUGUACAACGAAAGCAUGCAGGCUAAGACGCCCUGCGGAACCGUUGGAUACACCUCUCCCGAACAGCACAUGAACCUCGGGUACACGAAAAAGGUGGAUAUGUGGGCCAUUGGCUGUGUUUUGUACACUCUGGUGGUCGGGUUCCCCCCUUUCUACUCUGCUACGCAGGAUUCGAAGGAUAUCAGCACCAAGGUGUCCAGAGGCGACUACAAGUUUUUGAGUCCGUGGUUCGACGAGGUUUCGGACGACUGCAAACGGUUGAUUGCCAAUCUUCUGAUAGUGGAUCCUGAUGCGCGGUACUCGAUUGACCAGUUGCUCAGAGAUCCGUGGAUGGUGAGCGGAUACGAGGACCAAGCUGCAACCAUCCACAGCAACGACACCGUUCCCCAGACAACGUUCGACGAGGCGCUGUACAAGAAGCUGAACCGCACGGCCGACAACCUGGCCGACGGUCUUUUGGCUCCGCGCGCGGAAGCCAUCCGACUCGUCUUCGACACGGCCAGCGGUGUGCAAAGAGACGCUACGCCGCAGCAGGCCGCGCCAAAAGCAGCGAAUCUCAGUGUUCUUGAGGAGAACGAGCCCAUAGAGAUCCUUGCGUUCCGCAGACGGCCUGACUCGGACUCCUCGCUUUCGCCUGAAAACUCUGCCUCGCAACUUAGCGACGAGUUCGACGAGGAUUCGGACUUCGAAGAAACAGAGCUGACGCCGAAGCCGUACGCCAAGUACUCGAGGUCUCCGUCGUACAGAGAACGCAGGACAUCGCCGCCUAAGGACGACCCUCUGUCGGGACUCGACGCUGAGCGUUCUGGAGGAACCUCGACAGAAACAACCAGCAUGACCGCGAACGAAGAGUCGUCGAUUUUUACGUCUGAAAUAGAAGACUUCUCCACGGGAGCCAAGCGCAAGUCGUCCGUCUGCUUCCAGAUCAAGUCGUGCAAAACAGGCAGCGGCGGGUCGACGAGUUCCUCGCUCGCGAACGCAGCAAGCUCGCGGUCCUCGUCACUGACGAAAAGUGUUUCCGAGUCGCACAAAAUAUAUCCACGCACCCCUCAGACGACGCAGUUUGUCGAGCUCGAUGACCAAGACGAUGAACUCCGGGAGGGGCUGGAAAACAUCACAGUGGACGACACCACGCCCGUGGAAAACAAACGGCCUGCGCCGGCAAAGAAAUACACCGUCCAGAGCGAGCCGUCGCCGGUGUUCGACGCGACGCUAAGCAACACGUUCGACCUCAAACUAACACACUCCAAAAUCCUCGAGCGCCGCAAAAUCAACGGGUCCCUAAAAACAGGACCAGAGCUAUAG